AUGGGUGUGUUCAUGGAGAAUAGUGGUCAACAGCACUGUUCCAACCAGGCCACGUUUCCCGAGGACCUGUUCGCGCUCAAGCAGCGCGAGGCGGCGGCCAUGACCCAGGCCGCCGCUGCACGGGGAGACUUUGACGCUCUCGACUUCAGCCGCCUCGCAGCACCCCCGAGCGAUGCCUAUGACAGCGCAUCCGACUCCGACGUCGCCAUCGACGUGGUCUCCGACUCCGACGCCCCCGCUCUGAGUCCUGCUCCCGAACGCAGCGGCUCUGAUGCAAAGCCCGGCGGCGGCGAAGACGAUAAGAAAGGCGGCACCAGCGCCGUGAAACCAGCUUACUCUUACAUAGCUCUCAUAACUAUGGCCAUCAUGCACGCCCCGCAAAGAAAACUCACUCUCAGUGGGAUCUGCGAGUUCAUCAUGAACCGGUUCCCGUAUUACAAAGAACGGUUCCCCGCUUGGCAGAAUUCCAUCCGACACAAUUUGUCCCUUAAUGACUGCUUCGUGAAGAUCCCGCGAGAGCCGGGAAAUCCUGGCAAGGGUAAUUACUGGACCCUGGAUCCGGCAGCCGAGGGCAUGUUCGACAAUGGCUCGUUUCUGCGGCGCCGGAAACGAUUCAAGCGCACCCAGCCGGAUGCGUACGUGGGACUGCCGCCGGCAUUUUGCAACCCUUACAUGUCAUCGCCGUUUUCCUUGUUGCCGCCGCUGAAUCCAGCCCUUAUGCCGCAUUUGUCCAUGUUGCCGCACGCGCAGGGCAAUCCGUACUUGCCGCUGCUGCCGAUGCAUCCGCCGCCGAUGCCGCCACCACCGCCGCAGUGCCACGGAGGCGUCGGUCCGCCAAUGCCGGGCAAGUUGCACUUUGCGGAAUUUUUGCACAAGCAUUCGAGCGCUCGUGGCGCCGCUGCGGCGGCAGCAGCAGCAGCAGUCGCUGCGGGGUCUUCUCUCGCGUCGCCGCGGGCGCUGCCGCGGAAACAAGGGUUUUCCGUGGAGAACCUCAUUGCGGAUCGUUUGGAACAGGGUGACUCGGGCGCCAAGCAGCCCAGCCCUCCGCCGCCACCGCAACAGGCGGCACUUCCGACAUCGCUGGAGCCCAGUGCCAACUCUGCCUUCUCGUCACUUCCGGUGCCCGCUGCGAGUCUUUGCGGGAAAAUGCCCAUGACUGGCGAGGAGUGUAUGAAGGCCUAUUAUCAAAAGUACCUGGACCUGUGCUUCCUUUCCAUUCGCAAUUCCCCGAACGUGGGCUCACCUUAA